AUGUCAGCCCUGCUUCCCUGCAUCCUGGCCCUGAGCUGCCUCGCCCACAUAGGCUGGGGGGCGUAUUUCUUUCAGCAGCCCAUGGACCAGGUGAUCGUGGCGGGGCAGUCGGUGACGCUGGCCUGCGUGGUUGUGGGCUACCAGGGCAUGGUGCAGUGGACCAAGGAUGGCCUGGCACUGGGCGGAGAGCGAGACCUGCCUGGCUGGUCCCGGUACUCCAUCGUCGGGGAUCCGGCGGCCGGGCAGCACAACCUGAGGAUCGAGUCCGCUGAGCUUGGCGACGACGCUGUGUACGAGUGCCAGGCGACGCAGGCGGCGCUGCGCUCCCAGCGUGCCCAGCUCACGGUGCUCCUACCGCCCAAUGACCCCGUGAUCCAGAACGGCCCCAUCGUCCGGGUCCAGGCCAGUGUGCCCUACAACCUGACCUGCCAGGUGUCUGGUGCCAAGCCUGCCCCUGAGAUCAGCUGGUACCGCAAUGGGCAGCUGCAAGACUCUGCCCUCUAUGCCAAGGCCCUGAUGGAGGAUGGGAAGCGGGCGACGGCCAUCAGCACCCUGCUUCUCACGCCCAGCACCCAGGACAUGGGCAGCGCCUACACCUGCCGCGUCGCCAACCCGGCCGCACCUGCUGGCAAGCAGACCUCCAUCACCCUUGACGUGCUGUACCCCCCCACCGUGAUCCUCUCUGUCCAGCCACAGACUGUCCCGGAGGGGGGUAAGGUCAGCUUCCUCUGCACCGCCACUGCCAACCCCGAGGUGACCGGCUACCGGUGGGCGAAGGGCGGCGCGGUCAUUGCCGAGGCCAAUGGGGACAGCUACGAGGCCAGGGUGGAUCACUCCUUCUUCACCCAGCCUGUGUCCUGCGAGGUGGCCAACGCCGUGGGCAGCACCAAUGUCAGCACCCUGGUGGAUGUGCUGAGCAAUGGCAACACCCUGCACCUAAAGGCCGUGACGCAGGAGGACGCUGGCACCUACGUGUGCAAGGCCAUCGUACCACGCAUCGGUGUGGCUGACAAGGAGGUGACGCUGGCGGUCAACGGGCCCCCCAUCAUCACCACUGAGUCCAGCCAGCAGACGGCGCUGGGGGACAAGGCACGAUUGGAGUGUCUAGUGAGGAGCACGCCCCCCCCUGACCGCAUCGUGUGGGCGUGGGGCGAGCGGGUGCUGGACAGUGGCUCGGAGGAGCGAUUCACAGUGGACACGGCGCUGACGGAGCGGGGGGUGCUCUCGGCCCUGCUCAUCCAGCCCACGCGCCCAGAGGACUUCGCCCUGCCCUACAACUGCACGGCCUGGAACCGCUUUGGGGCCCGCUCGGCGGCCGUCACGCUGCGCCGGCAGGAGGUCCUGCCCAUCAUGAUAAUCGGGGCCUCGGCCGCCGCCGCCAUCACCCUGCUGCUGGUCUUGGUCGUUGGCGUGUCUGUCUGCUGCCUGCGCUGGUGCCACGGGAAAGGAGCCAAACAAGGCACCAAGCUCUCCAAGACGGAUGUCCUGGUGCAGAUCACCACGAGCGACAGCAGCCCUAGCCGACCCAGCGAUACAGAGGAUGAUGUCAAGGAGCCCAUGGCCACGAGCAGCGAGUCCCCGGCCACGUCGCACACGGAGCACAGCGAGAUCCUGGAGGAGGAAGAGGGCAGCCAGGACAUUAAGGACCCCACCAAUGGUUACUACAAGGUCCGUGCUCACGAGGAGCCCCACCUGUCUGGCAGUUUCUCGGAGUACGCCCCGGCCCCGCGCCCCCUCUACGCCGGGUCCCACGCCGCCAUGUUCCCCCCCUCAGGGCAGCCCUACAGCCACCGCUAUACGCUAGGGGCACCCAGCUCCCGCACAGCCUACGAGCCCCACUACCCGCAGGAUGGGGUGUACGGGGGGGGCUACCUCACUGCCCCCUACACCCGGGCUUUCACCAGCUACAUCAAGCCCAGCGCUUACGAGAAGGCAGAGAACGGCUACGAACAGUCAGACCAGGCCAGCAAGGUGUCGGGCGGCUCCCGCUUCUCCUACACCUCCCUCUCGCAACAGUCGGACUACGGGCGGCCCUCCCAGCAGCGCAUGCAGACACAUGUGUGACUCUUCCUACCCAACACACAUCAAGCCAUUGGGGGACAGACACCCAGGGCCGUCCCUGUUGUGGGAGGGGGUUGGUGGAGGUUCGGUUUAGCCAACUGUCUCAAAAUGGCCGACAGGCUAGCUGACUUGUGCUGCUGGAGGUGGAGAUGAGUGACCAUCGGCUGGGGGAAGAGGUUCAAAAUGGCUGUCUCCCCAAUUGACUUUUGCUCCUAGAGGCGGGGAUGAGUGGCUAUUGGCUGGGGGUAGGAAUCAGGGCAUGGGUUCAAAAUAGCUGGCAAGGGGGGUUCAAAAUGGUUGACGGCCCUGUUGACUUCCUCCGUUGGACGUGGGGAUGGAUUCGCACUGGAUAGGGAAGAAGUCACAAGGUUGGAUACACUAAUGCCAUCAAAAAUGGGUUCAAGAUGGCCGACGGCCCAGCUUACUUCUUCAGUUGGGCCUGGUGAUGAAUCCAAUUGGCUGGGGAAGAAGUCCGGCUUAGCCCUGGGACGUUGAGGUGGGUUCAGAAUGGCUGAUGGUCCCAUUCACUUCCUGAAAUUGGCCGGUUGGCUUAGCCUGGGGCUGCCAAGGUGGAUACAAAAUGGCCACCAAGAGGGGCUCAAAAUGGCCAACAGCCCAAUCAGCUUCCUGCAGAGACGAGUGGAGGGAGGAGCCAGUGGAUGUUGGAUUUCUGAAUGGCUUCCCCCACCGCCGUUGGCACUGGAUCAGCCAGGCCUGGAAGCAAGAUGGCGACCGCAGGACCAAGAUGGCAGCUGAUGCUAGGCCCCACCUGCCGGAGUUGCAGGCCCAGUAAAAAUGGCAGCUCUCAGCUUCCUGUGCAGCCUGACCAUGGAGCUCAUGGGGGGCAGUGGACAUAUGCGUGAAUCCCCCUGAUGGCAGCACCCUCCCACGCACCACCAAUGGGGGGGCUGGGUCUGCUGCGCUCUGCCCACCCCCACCUCCUGCUGUGGUGGGACUGGUAGGGGCCCCACAGAUCAAUGGGGCUGGGAGCUAACAGCCCAUGGGGAUACUAAGGGCAGUUUCCUCC